AGGGAGGGAGGAGAGGCUGCGCUUCACCCACCAUGGAAAGGGCGAUGCUUUGGCCACAGAGCCCGCCAUCCUAGAGAGGCCGCCCGGCAAGGAGGCCGGAAACCAUCCAACCGGCUUCCGGGUGUGGAGAAGCCGCCUUUGCAGCCCCUUCGGAAAAGGCUCCCGCCUUUUUAUAAAGCUGCACAUUGAUAUCCGAGAGCUACAAGAAACUCGUGAAAAGAAAGAACAGACAACAUACCAAGGAACGACAGAACUGCGGUACUCUGUUCACCUUUAUAGGACUGGCUUGACAGAAGGAAGACAACAGGCCCAAACUGAGUCAAAGGCUGAGUACAAGAAGAAGGAGAUGGAAGAACAGGACCCAGAAGGAGUGGGACGUUGCAAGAGAGCAAUGAACGGCCCCCGUCCCAUCCAAGCUGGAAGUGGUGUUGAAUUCUGGGAGAGAGCUGUGCCGGAGAUCCGGAAUCAAGAGCCCCUGAAUGCAGAAAUACUUUGUCGACACUUCUGGCAGUUCCGCUACCAUGAUGCUGAUGAGCCCCGAGAAGUUUGCAGCCAGCUGCAUGGACUUUGCAACUGCUGGCUGAAGCCAGAGAGCCACUCCAAGAAGCAGAUCCUGGACCUGGUGAUCCCGGAGCAGUUCCUGACCAUCCUGCCCCACGAAAUGCAGCGCUGGGUUAGAGGAUGUGGUCCGGAGACCAGUUGCCAAGCGGUGGCCCUGGCAGAGGGCUUCCUCCUGAGUCAAGCCGAGGAGAAGAGGCAGGCAGAGCAGAGGUGGGGUCCAUCCGUGAAGAUGGAAACGAAGUUCUCUGAGAGGGAAAGAGCUCCGCUGGAGGAAGGGCAGCCUGCCCAUGACCAGGAACGUGCCCAAAAUGCCCUCUCAUGCGGCAGUGAAGAGUGUGGAAAGAGAUUCAGUCAGAGUAGCCAUCUUCAACAGCAUCGAAGAACUCACACAAAUGAGAGACCUUUUGACUGUUUCGAGUGUGGAAAGAGAUUCAGUCAUAGUCAGAAUGUUAAACAGCAUCAAAGAACACACACAAGUGAGAGACCUUUUGAAUGCUCAGAGUGUGGAAAGAGAUUCAGACGGGGUGGCAAUCUUCAACGACAUCAAAGAAUUCACAAAAAUGAGGGACCUUUUGAGUGCUCAGAAUGUGGAAAGAGAUUCAAUGAAAGUGGCAGUCUUCAAAAGCAUCAAAUAACCCACACAGAUGAGAGACCUUUUGAAUGUUUUGAGUGUGGAAAGAAAUUCAGUAAUAGUCAGAAUCUUACACUGCAUCAAAGAACGCACACUAAUGAGAGACCUUUUGAGUGCCCAGAGUGUGGAAAGAGAUUCAGUAAGAAUAGCAAUCUUCAACGGCAUCAAAGAACUCACACAAAAGAGACACCUUUUGAAUGCUCAGAGUGUGGAAAGAGAUUCAGACAUAGUGGCAAUCUUCAACAGCAUCAAAAAACUCACGCACAUGAGAGACCUUUUCAGUGUUUCGAGUGUGGAAAGAGAUUCAGUGGAAGUGGCAAUCUUCAACAGCAUCAAAGAACUCACACAAAUGAGAGACCUUUUGAAUGCCCAGAGUGUGGAAAGAGAUUCAGUCAGAAUAGUAAUCUUCAACAGCAUCAAAGAACUCACACAAAAGAGAGACCUUUUGAAUGCUCAGAGUGUGGAAAGAGAUUCAGUCAGAGGGCGCUGUUCAGCAGCAUCAAAAGAUCCACACAAGGGAGAAACCUUUUGAGUGCUCAUAAUAUGGAAAGAGAUUUAACCAGUCUAGCAAUCAGGUCCAACACCUAAGAACCCAGACACAGGAAAAACCUUUUCGAGUGUACUGUGUAAGGUCCCUGUCUCCUCAUCAGGUGAGGAACCCCCAUCUUCUGGGGGUUUUUUGAAGAGCACCCCAUUGAAAUUCUGAAGUAGAAUCGGUAUAUCUUUGGGAUAGGUAUGGGAGAGCCCAUCUGCCUGCCAUGGGCAGAGAACUUUCUAUCAAAGAAGCAGGAGGUCCCCAGGACUUUUAUAUAUAUAUCUCCUAGUUCCAUGGCCUGUGAAUAGCGAUGUAUCUACUUCAAGAGUAUUUCAUCAAACCAAAACAAGUUCAUUUCCAGUUAAUGGGCAAUCACCUCUGAGCCAUCAAAGCAGCCUUCACAUCUGAUCAACUCAGGCACAUCUGAUCAAUUCAGGCACAUUGGGUGGUGUGAAAAUCUCCCCAUAUGGGAAUGUCGGGGGUCACGUUCAACACUUUCCACUGAAUUUUGAGGGCGGUUACUUUAGACUGCUCAGUCCCAUGUCAAACAAUGGAAUUUUCUCCAUAGAAGGGAAAACCAGGUAUGUGGAAAGGAUUUUCUAGCUUUCCCCCCAUUUCCUGGUUACCCCUGCAACUUCUUUGCAGGAACCCCUCCCCCCAACUAACUUUCUUUCUUUCUCUCUCCUCCUGCUCCAUGGACUCUCAGCAAUUCUCACCUUCUCACACACCUUGGAACAAAUAAUAUUGUGCUCUCUCUUUAUCCUUGCCUCCCCCUCCCCUUUCUUUGUUUUUGCAUGUGCACCUACUAGAGCUUACCGAAUUAGCUCUCAUGUGCUUAGUGUAGAUUCUCUACUAUUUUAUUUCUUUCAUUCUGUUUUGUAUCCAAUAAAAUUAAAACUGAUCAUUUCA